AUGCGUCCUGAUGUGCGAGCUUUCCUUCAGAUGGACUUCUCAGAAGCUAGAAAUAUUAAAUUGGGUCCAUCUGGAAAUCGACAGUCGGAGGCUCCGUCGGGCCUGGUGUCCCAUACACAACAGCCUCAGACGCUCGGCUGCCAGUGUUCACUAUCCAGCCUGCAGGGUCCGACGGUGGUCAACGAUGAGGCCAUGCAGAAGAUCAGCGCCCUGGAGACAGAGCUGGCUCGCCUCAGAGCUCAGAUUGCCCAGAUUGUCCUGGCGCAGGAACGCCACGCAAACACAGAUGGGUUCUGUACGCAACAACAGCAUCAGAUGCUCCGCCGCCAGUGUUCACUACCCAGCCUGCAGGGUCCGACGGUGGUCAACGAUGAGGCCAUGCAGAAGAUCAGUGCCCUGGAGACAGAGCUGGCCCGCCUCAGAGCUCAGAUUGCCCAGAUUCUCCUGGCGCAGGAACGCAACGCAAACACAGCUGCUCCCCCUCCUUCACCACAUCCUCCUCCUCCCCCACCCUUACCUCCACCGCUACCCCCAACCGGUAGUAGGUGUUCGGCCAUUGAGCUCAUCAGAGAGCGCCGCGGCACAAAGGACAACAGCCUACAGCAGACUAUGCUGGUCUCGGGGCCCAAACAGCCCAGCAUGCUAGACGUGCUCAAGGACAUGAGCAAGGUCAAGCUGCGCUCCGUCCAGAGGCGGCCAGAGGAAGGCCACACCAAGCGAAAGCCCACCAACCCGACAGAUGAUGCUAGCUUCAUAGCUGAGGCCCUGAAGAACAAGUUUGCCCGCAACUGGCGCCGCGAGGAGAGCGAGAACCAGGGCAACUUCCCUGAGCCCAAGCCCAAACCCCACACGGACACGCCUCUGUUUGGGCAGCACAUGCUGAAGCAAGCGUGGAAGAGGAGUAUCCAUAGUAUGGCAAGUCAAUCAUGCCACUAUUACAUCUUUUGAGUGGAAGGUUCGA